AUGCAGUUGCUAUAUUUGUCAGAAGCUGAGCGGCGAUUAUUGCUGUUUUAUAGACAUGCCACAGAAUUAAAACAAUAUUCCUCAUGGGAAGAAAACAUUCGUGGAAUUGUAAGAGCGCCAUUUCCGUUUUCUUCUUUUUUUAGUGAGAGAGAGAGAGAAAGAGAAAGUGGAGCUGGUGUUUUCGUUUCUUGUGGAUCAGCUCCAAUUCUGGGUCUUUCUCUCUUGAUUCUGUGUAUCAAUCAGAUCCAAGCUGCAGCUGCAGAAACUGAACUGGAAGUGUUCCUGUCCUUAGCCCGAUUUAGAGCUGCAGCAUCUGCUCGUUCGACAGGCUUCAAGCCAACUGUACCUAUUGCACCUGUGUUUAAAUGCGUCGAACGUUUGGAGAAACGCAAAGAGUUUUACACAAAAUUGGAGGAAAAACAUCAGGCUCUGGAGGCAGAGAAGCUGGAAUAUGAGGCUAAGACUAAGGAGGAAGAUGAAGCAGCCAUUAAAGAACUGAGAAAGACAUUGGUGUUCAAAGCUAAUCCAGUUCCCAGUUUUUAUCAUGAAGUACCUCCACCUAAGCGUCAACUUAAAAAGAAGCCACUAACGCGGCCCAAAUCGCCAAAUCUAUCGAGAAGGAAGAGCUUUGGCGAUUCACUUGCCACUUCUCCAGAGGGAACCCCACCGGUUUGCUCAAGAGCCACUAGACACAGUCUGGGAACUAUUAAGGAUGGAAAAAGUGCUCCCACCAGCCCUCUCAAGAGCAAAAAUCAGACAGAUGAGAGCAAUGGAAAAGUCAAGGUUAAGGAACCGGCUAAGGACGGUGGCCUGGCUGAGUCCCACGGUUCAGACAUUGCGGUCAAUGGCUGAUUCUUUCUGGUCAGUGUCUUGUUGACCAGGAUAUUUGUUUGCUUGCAAGAGAUGUAAACCCACACAUUUAUAU